CACAAAGCAGGAGGUGCUGAGUGGAUGCGAAAGCGCGGAGUGAAUGAAUGGAGUGGUCUUCCUUUCAGAAACUUUACUUUUGACAGCUACUUGAGCUGCCCCUACAGACAGAAGUUCAGAGGAAUUAUUCACUUAAAUUCACUUUACGGAGGAGUCUUUUUCAUUUUUUGUUGGGAUUACUGCAGGUGGCUUUUGGGUUGUAACCAUGUUGUCUGACUGUAUUCGGAUGUUUUUUUGUUUGACAUUGUACCUUUGUCCCUUGUUUUUUGGAGUAGCUGCAUUCAAUUUGGAUUUAGAAAAGACAACUGUAUAUAGCGGUCCUGAAGGUAGUUAUUUUGGCUAUUCGGUGGACUUCCAUCGACCAUCGCCGGACAAGAGCGUUAUGAGUGUUUUGGUUGGGGCUCCAAAAGCGAACACGUCUCAGCCAGGAAUCGUGGAAGGGGGAGCAGUAUAUUACUGCCCUUGGCCAUCUACAGACUCGACUCCCUGCCGCCAGAUUCCCUUUGAUAUCGCCAAUAACAGGAUGAUCAAAGUGAACGGGACUCGGGAGCCGCUGGAGUUCAAAUCCAAUCAGUGGUUUGGAGCCACGGUCAGGACGCACAAAGGCAAAGUGGUGGCGUGCGCCCCGCUGUACCACUGGCGCACGGUGAAAAUGAGCAGCGAGAAGGACCCGGUCGGAACCUGCUACGUGGCCGUCCAGAACUUCAGUGCCUACGCGGAGUACUCUCCCUGUCGCACCAACGAGCCGGAUCCUGAGGGACAGGGGUUCUGCCAGGCCGGCUUCAGUGUGGAUUUUACAAAGGAGGGAACCCUAGUGGUGGGAGGACCAGGGAGUUUCUACUGGCAAGGGCAGGUGAUAACAGCGGGAAUUGCCGAAAUCAUCAACGGCUACUCUCUGAAGGCCAUCCUGAGGAAAGUGAGCGGGGAGAAGCAGACGGGAGCCGCGCCCGACAGCUAUGACGACAGCUACCUCGGCUAUUCGGUGGCAGUUGGAGAAUUCACAGGGGACUCAGAGCAAGAGCUCAUCGCCGGGGUGCCGAGGGGGGCACAGAACUUUGGAUAUGUUGCUGUAAUAAAUUCAACUAAUUUAACAUUCAUUCAGAAUUUCACUGGAGAGCAGAUGGCCUCAUAUUUCGGCUAUACCGUAGCUGUGAGUGAUCUGAAUGGCGAUGGCCAGGACGACGUGCUUGUGGGAGCACCUCUGUACAUGGACCGGGAGUUUGAGAGCAAGCCCAAGGAGGUGGGCCGGGUCUAUGUGUACCUGCAGGAGGACAUCCUGACCUUCAGUGACCCCAUCGUCCUCUCGGGGACGGACGUUUUUGGCCGGUUCGGGAGUGCAGUCGCCUCUCUCGGGGACCUGAACCAGGACGGCUUUCACGAUGUCGCGGUGGGGGCGCCGUUCGCAGGUGAGGACCGGCGGGGCCGGGUCUUCAUCUACAACGGGCAGAGCAGCGGGCUGAGGCUCCAGGCCUCCCAGGUGCUGGAGGGGGUCUGGGCUUCGCAGGCCAUGCCAGCGGGUUUCGGCUUCACUCUGAGGGGGGACUCGGACUUGGACAAGAACGAAUAUCCAGAUCUGAUUGUUGGCGCUUUUGGAGUGGGGAAAGCAGUGGUUUACAGGGCUCGCCCAGUGGUGACGGUGGAGGCCCACUUGCGCCUCACUCCCAGGAUCCUCAACCCCGAAAACAAGAGCUGCCUGCUGCCCGGGCUGGACACCAUGGUGACCUGCCUGACGGCGGAGGUCUGCGCGAAGGCGUCGGGCGUCGGAGUUCCAGAUGCAGUGGUCCUCAACUCAGAGCUACAACUGGACUGGCUGAAACAAAAAGGGGCCAUUAAGAGGGUUCUGUUCCUCGACACCCACCAGCACCAGCACCACUGGGCCCUCGUCAUUGACAAGAGGAAGAGUCAGACUUGCCGGAGUUUCACUGUGUAUCUCAGAGAGGAGAGUGAGUUUCGGGACAAACUGACUCCCAUCAGCAUGGCUUUCAACUACAGCCUGGAUGAGACUUCCCCACUUCCUGGUCUGACGCUUAGACCAAUCCUGGACCACUACGCCAAGUCCUUCAUCCAUGAGCAGGCUUUCAUUCUGCUGGACUGCGGAGAGGACAACAUGUGCAUCCCCGACCUCCGGCUUUCCGCCACAAUGGACCGAGAGGAGCUGGUCAUCGGAGACGACAACCCUGUCACGCUGACCAUCAACGCGGCGAACCUGGGCGAGGGGGCGUAUGAGGCGGAGCUGCACGUGCUCAUCCCCCCGGAGGCCGAUUACAUCGGGGUGGAGCGCAGGCGAGAGGCUGCCCAAAGGCUGAACUGCGAGUACCAGAUGGAGAAUGACACUAGGAUGGUGGUGUGUGACCUGGGGAACCCCAUGGUGGCCGCGACCAACCUGUCAGUGGGCCUUCGUUUCUCUGUUCAGCGCUUGGAGGAGGUGGGCCCCCACAUUGGCUUCGACCUACAAAUCCAGAGCUCCAACAAAGACAACUCAAAGAGCAACCCAGUAAGCCUGGUGCUGAAUAUCUUGGCAAAGGCGCACGUUGAUAUACGUGGGGUGUCACACCCGGCUCAGAUCAUCCUGCCCUUCCCCCGCUGGGAGCCCAAAGAUAAGCCCGUGAAGGAGGAGGACAUCGGCCCCCAGGUCCGGCACAUCUACGAGCUUCACAAUAAGGGUCCGAGCGCAAUCAGAAGCACGAUGCUGGAGGUGGGCUGGCCCAGCCGCUAUAAAGAUGAGCACCUCCUGUACGCCCUGGAGAUUGAGACUGAUGGCCCAGUGACGUGCAAGGCCAACUCCACACUCAACCCCCUAGACCUGGAGAUAUCCGGCCUGCAGGACACACCGGAGCUCCUGGGUUUCCUGCGCAACACAAGCUCCGCCCAUGUCCGCCGUCGGCGUGCCGUCACCACCGCAGAGGCCUACAAGGGCAAGACCCUGAACUGCAGUAACAUCCACUGCCUGGUGAUAGUAUGUCACGUGGGUCUGCUGGACCGAGACAAGAGCGCCGUGGUCAAAAUCCGAUCACGACUCUGGGCCCACACCUUCCUACAGAGGCGGAAUGACCCCUACGUGCUGAAUUCCACCGUGUCCUUCAAAGUGAUUGACAUGCCUUAUCUGGUCAAGCCAGUUACACUUCCGCGGGACUCUAAAUCAAUAGGCACCUUUGUGGUGUGGGCCACUCCGGACGUCUCCUUUGCCAUACCCCUGUGGGUCAUCAUCCUAGCCAUUCUCCUGGGACUACUGGUCCUGGCCAUCCUCACUCUCGUCAUGUGGAAGUGUGGGUUCUUCGACCGGGCGCGGCCCCCGAAAGAUGACGUGUCGGACCAAGAGCAGCUGACAUCGGAGAAGUCCACCGAGGCUUGAGCAGGUUGCGCUGCCAGUGAGCCAGGUUUCGGGACCAUUUCGGGGAAUUCCAAAGAAGGGCGCUCGUUCCAACCCUCUCAAUGACUUUCCCACACUGACCUGAAAUCCGUGGGACCGUAAGAACGCUGCCUUUUCGAGUUCUAUUAGACCAACAAGCAUGAAACACAACUUAAACACUGAGGGACCAAUAGCGGUUGAAGGGGCUGUGAUAGCUCAGCCACCCUCGAACCAGAACCUGACUGCAAAAGGGACUGCAGAAUCAGCUUUCAAGUGCAAAACGGUGACAGACGGAUAUUCCUUUGUUUCAAUUCCCUUGCUUAAAUUCCUGAAGACUAUUCUGCGCUAUUUUUGAGGCAAGAUGGACCAUUUGUGUGACUUCAGUUUGUUUUUUGGAAGUGUGGCUCAGUCUGAGAGAACUUACUUUUUGGCAGUCUUUAUUUAAGUGCUUUUCAGGACACGCACCUAACAGAACACUCUUCAGCAGCUGAACUUUUCCAAAAGUUUCAACCUCAGUGCCUUUUCCCACCGUUUCAGCUCCUCCACAGCUGCCAAAGGAUGUUGCCUUUUUUAGACAGUCAUUCAGUUGCUUUUCUUUUCAAAAUGGACCCACGUAAUCUCAGGUGUAACCAUGGAAGGCUGAAGCCUCACUUCUGAGAAACGCUACACAGACGUUACCUGCCUGUCAGUGAAAGCCUGUCCUAUGAAAAAAGCUUGCAUAGAACCUAUUCCUUCGGGAAUGCUGCCAAGUCCACUCUUGUGCAAUGAGACAUAGUACAACAGUUAAGAAUGCUAUUUACUAAAGGAAGGCCUUACUGCCAUUUUUAUUCAAUAGGGGAAAAAAUGUAAAACCUAGAAAUCAAGAGGGUCUUCAUACUUCAUAGAAAGGAAUGGCGUUCGCUCACAACAGGAGGCCAUGUAGAUGUGAUAGCUGGUUCCAUAUACCCAGACUAGUUAAGAAAGCAUCCUUAGUCAGUGGAAUGCAAUGGAAGAUCUUGAUCUUUCUACCCACAGAUUAAGGUGUGUAAAGGAAGAAGGACGAACCACAUUACAGUAGGUAUUACACAUUUUGUUGGUUCUCUGGGAAUGAUUUAAAGUCAUGGCAUCAGAGAACCUGAACUGGCAGAGAGCCUUCUGCACCAUGCAGCGAUGACCUCAUGUUUUUGAUAUCAAAUAUUAUAGAGGAUUUGAUAUUAGUUGUAAUGCUGUUGUGCCAUUGGAAAAAAGCAUAUAUUAAUUCAGAUGCAAGCCAUUUACACACAGAAACUCUUGUAACAAUUCUAAUUCAUAGGAAAACAGUAUAAUGAUAAAAAAAAUAUUGUGAUUAUUCAUAGAAAUUAUCCAUACAUUUUUAGAAAUCAUUAUUUCAAAACAUGUUUUUUGUCAUUAAAAGAAAAACAAUUUGCCACCCAACAUGGGUUCCAAAUGUUCCAUUUUCACCCUAAUUUUGGAAUGGCCAACUGUCUGAAACCCCAGCCACAUUAAUGCGCGAACCACAGUGUAGACAACUGCGUUUUGCCCUCGAAUCGUGUCAUGUCACUCGUCUGCUUGUUUUCACACUACAGACUAAAGCUAAGCUCGCAUAGUGUGUAGUCGGAGGACCUUUCAAAUGCGGCUUUAACAUGCAGCCCACGGGCGCUAGGUCAACCAGCAGAGGUCGCUAGAUAGCGAUGAAACGCAGACCCCUAACCGACUGAACCCUUACAUACCCUGAGUUCCACAAUCGGCAAUUCCUCAUCACCCUAUGGAGCUACUGGCCAGACACCACUUGCCUAAAUUAUCUGUUUUUAGUUAUAGUUUGGUUAAACUUAUUAAGUUUUUUAAGCUGGCUACAACAGUACAACAGGAGUUCUAUUUAAUUCAGGCCCAACACCACAGGUAUGUCCUUAACUAUAAACAAAAAAUGAACUCAACAUACAUUUCAGUAUGUCAUUUUAUUGAUGAACUCCGCCCAUUUUCAGAUUUUGAUAUUUUGAAGAUAUUUGAUGACAUUCCCCUUCUAUAUUUCCAAGUACUGUACAUAGGCAAAAAGGCAAGCAGCUAUUGCUCACAAGGGAGAAUAUAUUCAAUUUUAUGUGCAAUAUUGUGGUGUUUUGUAAAAUGCUGAAGCGUGUUUACACUGGUAUUAUUUUAUGAAAAUUAGUCAGGUUUUGUAUAUAUGUUCAAUAACAAGAUGUAUUUGUGAGGCUAGAACUUACGUGUCCUCUACCAGAAAAAAAGGGAAAUUGAAUUUUUUUGUUUGCUUUUUCAAAUAACACAAUGUGCACAUAUGUACAGGUGUAGGUGACUGUUCAGGGGGUGAGAGGAACAUGGACAUUCCUGAUCUGUAUGUGACUGCGAGUCGACUGAGCCUAAUCAUUUCAAUGGAUGAAAUAAUUAGGCCUUACUCUUAUAAUAAUACCCAGCAGUUCGAUUCAUUCUGUUCAGGAUGAGGAAAGCUCAACAUUUGCCUGUCACUGCACUUGCACUGCCUCACGCAAGCCUCACAACUGGCACAGAAGAUUGUGCAAAAACAAAAAAAGCGCUGAAGAAUCUGUAAUUCAGUUUAUGAGGUAAAUCUUUUUUAGCCAUGCAAUAGCCGUACAGGCUUGCAGUGUGACCAGCUGCCCUAGUCAAGGGCAGUUACCGUGCUAAUCUGCUGGCUAGUGACAUUUAGUCAUUUUUGGUAUCACUAUCUGCAAGUGAAUAUAACGCACUAACACCCAAUGCCAGAGAGUGUGGUUUAAUGUUUAAAUGAGUUGUAAUGACCGUUGUCACUUUAAAAAAAGUAUCUAUGUAUAUAGCUGACAAGCAGACUGUUGUUACAUAUUUUUUUUGUACUGAAGAACAAAACAAUAUUAAAAUAAACAAAUGUCAUAUUGUG